AUCAAUAUCUUAAUCUCAAAACAAACAGUAGAAGUUUUUAAGUCUUCACUUUUAACUUUUCUUUAUAACUAAUUACGUGUUAAAUAACAAUUAAAUUAAAUAAACAAAAUGUCAAAAUUCGUAAUUUUCGCUGUUUUGUUGACUUUCGUUAUCUGCUUGACCGCCUUGGCUAAUGGCCAACCUCAACGUUUGGAUGCCAACAGUAUAAUUCAAAAGAUAAUUGGUCAAUAUGAGGCUAGAAUUAAAGGUCCCUCUGUUAUUCAUCCUGAAGAACCCGCCCAUGUUAUUGAUCCAAAUCAUUUCCAUUUACACAUCUAAGUUGUUAUAUUAAAUGUUUGUCUGUCUGUUUAUGUUAAGAAAAAAAUAUUAAUAAAAAAAAAAAUAACAAAAAAAAA